AUGGACACCCUAGUUUUGUUGGAAUCUACCAAGCAACAAAUGACAUUUCUUGGGGAGAUUUCGGAGAAGCGUCUUUUGAUGGUUUUGGAACCAAAGCAUCCUUUGAUUAUACAUGCCAUGAAGAAGAUUCUGAGUGUAGAAUUUGUGCGUGCAUCAUACAAGUAUAGGGCGAACUUGAGUAUCCCAUCUAUGUUUAUGGCAAUGUGCAUCCAGAUGGGAGUUUGCAAGCCCAGAACCAAGAAGGUGUGCAAGAUAGUCUUCAAGAACUCCUUUGUGGGGGAAGUAGACACAGUGUUGGACAAUAUCAGUAACCACAAUCAUAUUCCCUUAGCCCACCAGUACUACAUGUCCAAAGAUGUAAGAGGGGAAACGAGGAAAUUCUGCAUUCUACAGACCAUGGAGUUGGAAAAAUUCAACCAAAGUCGUGCAAAGAGAAACACAAAAUAUCCUUCAUUCUAUAUGUCACUGGAAGCCUGUGUGGGUGAGUUUGCGCUGGUGAUUGAAAAUAUGGAUGGCAAAGACGAUCUUCAUCAUAACCAGGGAGAAGAUGAAGAAUAUACUUCUGAUAAAUAUUUUUGUGAUAGUGAUGAACUUGAAGAUGAAAACCAGGUAACUGAUUUCUUUGAGCAGGAGCAUCAUGAGAAGAAGAUAAAUAUAUAUACUGUUGUGAAGGAGGAAGAUAUAUGCCAGCGCCAAGAAGAGGGAAUGGUAAGUGUUUGCUCCAUCCUAUCCAUCUCUAGAGAUGAGGCUGUUAUUCUUUUGCUUCACUUUGGGUGGGAUUUCCAGAGGGUGAUUGAUGAGUGGCUUGUGAAGGAGGAGGACAUAAGAAGAGAUUUAGGGCUAUUCAAAACUAGGGUUUCAGAGGUUGAUCCAAAUUCAGUGAUGGAAUGUGGUGUUUGCGGUGAUAGUUUUAGCAUCAAUGGAAUGAGAGGAGGCACUUGUGAGCAUUAUUUUUGUAUUGGGUGUUGGCUAAACUGGAUUCAAGAAAUAAUAGAUCAAGCAGGAGCAAGAUGUCUGAGACUGAAAUGCCUUGAACCAUUUUGUAAAUGUUCUCUAGGUCAAGAAAUGGUGCUUUCUUUAUUGGUUUCUUGUGAGGAACGUUAUCUGAAAAUGUACAGACAGUACCUUGUUAGGUCGUAUGUUGAAAGCAAGAAAACAAUCAAAUGGUGUCCAGCCCCUGGUUGUGAGUAUGCUGUUGAAGUGGGUAAUCAUGGAAGUGGGUCAGGGUCAUAUGAGGUUACUUGUGAAUGCUGUUAUGAGUUUUGUUGGAACUGUUUAGAGGAAGCUCAUGGUCCAGUAGAUUGUGAGAUUGCAAAAAAGAGUAUGUUGGAGAACAAUGAUUUUGGGAAAACAGAAAACUGGAAGUUGGUUAACACAAAGCGUUGCCCCAAGUGUAAUUCUGCCAUUGAGAAAGGUGGAGGUUGCAGGCAUAUGACUUGUGUAUUUCCAUGUUGCUUUGAGUUUUGCUGGUUCUGCCUUGGCAAUUGGUUCGACCAUGAUGCUCAUUAUGCCUGUGAUUGGUAUUAUGAUAGUUAA